ACACCUUUAAUCCGCAAUAUUAAUCAUCUUGACCAACAUAAUAACAAUAAGUCAGUGUGCAUGUAUUACCAAACACUCGACGCAUCGAAGAAGAAGGAAUCGAUGUUACGGAACGAAUGUAAUACUUACUGCACGUAAGGUCUUAAUUGCUAGACAACUAGUCUAUUUAACCUGAACUAGUUAUGCGCAUGUCUUUGAGGAAAUCGUCUUGAUUUCCUUGAUUACUACAACACUUUGGCAAUAUGCCCCCUAAAAAUGGAGCAACGGAACUUUUUACUCAUUUCGUUUGUUUUUUAAAUGUUACGUAAAAUGUCUACUUCAAUUUAAAGAUGUAAUAGAGUUCGGACGUACUUGUGUUCGUUAUUUAAAUUCAGAAAACAAACUUAUUCAUUGAAUACUUAUUCCAGCCUGCAUUUUUUAUUUAACCUCAGUGUUGCCACACUAUUUAUCACUUUCCGACCUAAGGAGUUCCAAAUUGAAAGAAAAAUGCAAUCCGUCAAAUAAAUUGAUAUUCGUUAUUAGCAAUAAUAACUUGAGCAACGAUAAGUUUAAGCUUUAUUUACAUAGUUAACAAUUGCGUAGAGCUCCCCUCCUCACGGCACUCUGAGGCAUGUGGAGACCCGCAGAGCGGGGCCUUAGUAUCACACCACCUCCUCGGGCAGCCUGCUCGAGGCGUACAGGACUAGCUUUUCAAUCUAAUACAUGCAAAACCGAAACAUGCAGUUUAAAUUAUUUAUAGUGACUCUAGUGCUCCAUUGUACGACCGGAGAAUAUUUUAAAACGAAACCCAGUUUCGUGAAAACAUGUUACAAACGCGAUCCAGAAUUUGAAGACUGUUCGCGGGAGGCGGUGCAACAGCUCUUCAAUGCGCUCGGUCCAGGUCUUCGAGAUAUAGGAAUGCAGCCAUUAGAUCCUCUAAAAAUCCCUAAAAUAAGGAUUUUACAAGGUGAAGGACCAGUCAACGUAAAUGCUGCGCUAGAUGACGUCACGGUUACAGGUUUCGGCAAGACCGAAGUGUUAUCGAGCCAAGUAGACAGCAAAACUUACGACUUCCGAACUAAAGUCCGGGUCCCGAAAAUAAGAAUAGAAGGGACCUACGACUUAAAAGGAAAAAUUUUGUUAAUACCAUUGGUUGGUCGUGGUAUUUGCUGGUUCGAACCGACCAACAUGACGAUCGACAUUGUAAGUGACGUGAAAGUCUAUACUAAAGAUGAUUAUGUAUUUUUCAAUGUAACUGGAGCUCAUGUUAAAUAUGCAAUAGGAGGAUUGAAAUUACGCAUGAAUAAUUUAUUCGACGGCAUUGAGUCGCUAGAGGAAAGUACGAAUGCCUACUUAAAUGCAAACUGGCGGCCAGUUUCAGAAUCUCUGCGACCUAUUUUAUCAAAAACAAUAGAAGAUAUUUUACUCGGUUUCAUGCAAAGGCUGUUCAACAAUUUACCUGGAGAUUUUAUGAUUGGUGACAUAAAAGAUUACGUGCCAAGUAAAAAAGCAGAAAAGAAAGUGUAGUUUUAAAUAAAUUAAUAAAUAACUAUUUAAUAUGCUUUAGGUAAAUUAAGAUUAAGUACUGUAAUAUAUUUUAAGAUACUUUCUAAUGUUUUGUAUAAAAUUUUGUGUAUAAUUAGAAAAUUUGAGUAAAUAA